CAUGUGUUUGGGAGGGCCUGGGCAGUAAUUUUUUUACUCUCGCUAUGCUCUCUGUGCAAUUAAAUUUGAUGUCCGGCAAAAACAAAGUGCUUUGCUGGCAUUUAUGUUGGGAAGCGAUUGAGAUAAGUUAAUGGUUUCGGACGCGGCUUGUUUUUCCCCACUCGAUAAUUCAGAAUGGAUAAGGUUCUGGUUUUGUAAGAUGGUGAAGACAGUCUAAUUAUUUGUUUUUAUGAGAGGAGAAGAUCGUUGAGGCGUAUGUGUAUUUGCAUAACGGAGGAAGACAUAUUUGUUCAUAUGUUAUCUUAUAACUGUUGCCUCUGCUUUGGUCCUGCGGUGGUUAUUAGCAAGUACAGGGAAGCGGGAUCAUUCAUAAGGAGGAAUCAGAGCAAUGCCUUUAUUUGUUUUCCAUACAAAUUCAAUCUUAGAAUGGUCAAAAGUUAUGGGCGUUAUGACUAUGAGUACGAUUAUAGCUACGACAACGACGAUGAUGAUGAAGAAGAUUUGGAUAUUGAUUCCGAUGGAUAUUGCAGCGAGGAAGAUCUUCUACCAGACCUCAAUAACUUGAAAUCUGAGAAUGCCAAAUCAGUGGGAAAAACCUCUGAUCCCAGGUAUCUGAGGGCAGUUAAAGGUCCACCUUGCCCCGAAAGAGAGCUGAAGCAUGUAAAUGAAAAGAAAAAUGUUCUUCCAAUGCAUGAAACAAGCCUAUCUAGUAGUGUUCCAUCAAGGGCCGAUUCAUCACUCCUGCAACACAUGUCUUUGAAUUUAUCUCGGAAGGGAUGGGAAAAGAGAGCCAUCAAGAACAUCCAGCAGCAGAAACUAAUAGGUAUUGCAGUGGAAAAAAAGAAAGCCAAGCAGAAAAUUAUGUUUAAAUCUUCUAUGCCCAAAGAUGUUAAAACUCUUGCAGAAAGUAUUUCAAUGGAAAAGAAGAGAGCUGAGCAGACUGUUAUGCUUAAAUCUUCUAAGUUUGAAGAUUUUGGCCCCCUAAUUGGAAGGAUUCCAGCGGGAAAGAAGAAAGCUGAGCAGAACAUUAUGUUUAAAUCUUUCAAGUCCAAACAUGUUGACUCUCUUAUGGAAGGUAUUGCAAUGGAAAAGAAGAAAGCCAACCAGGAAAUUAUGAUCAAAUCUUCUAAAUUAAAAGGUUUUGACCCUGUUACAAAAAGUAUUGCAAUGGAAAAGAAGAGAUCAAAUCAGAAAAUUAUGCUUAAAUCUUCCAAGUCCAAAUGUGUUGAGCCUUUUACAGAAAUUAUUGCAACGAAGAAGAAUACAGAGCAGAAAAAUAUGCUUAAACCUUCCGAGGCUGAAGAUGUUGAACUUACAGGAAGAUCUAAGUUAAUGCAUUCCACAAGUGCAAUCAUGGAUGCCGAGAUUAAAACAGUCAAUUAUGAGCAGAUUAAAGCAGCAAAGGUUGAAGAUAUCAGACGUUAUCAUAUGGCAAAGCAAUUAGGAUAUGAAGCGAGAGGUGGACCCUUAAUUCAGUACUUGAGGAGCAUGGGCUUUAAGGAGUCUCAUUUGGCUCGAAUUUAUGAUAGGCACAAACCUGCCCUACAGAUAAAAGUAGAAGCUGUUCGGAAAAGAUUAGAUUUUUUAGUAAGUGUGGGGGUAAAAUCUGAAGACUUGGUGAAAAUUAUUACAAGGCAUCCUCAAAUAUUGGAGUACACUAUUGAUGGAAAAAUAAAAUCACACAUUGAAUUUUUGCGAAGCUUGGGUGUUCCUGCUUCCCGAUUAGGUAGAAUACUUACAGCUGCUCCAUCCUUGCUCUCAUAUAAUGUGGAGCUUUCUUUGAAACCAAAGGUAAGAUUUUUAACUGAGGAAGUUGGCAUCGAAAGGAAGAAAUUGGGAAAAAUUGUGGUCCUAAGUCCUCAAAUACUGAUUCAAAGUGUGGAAGAUUCAAUGAAAUGUAGGUUAGAUUUUCUAUCAAAGGAGCUUGGAGCUUCGAAGGAUAGUUUAGUGAAAAUGGUCACAAAACAUCCACAGCUUCUCCGGUACAACAUUGAAAACGGUAUAAAGCCAAGAAUUGAUUUCUUAAGGAGCAUUGGGAUGAGUAAUGGUGACAUUGUGAAAGUUUUAACAAGACUCACACAGAUUUUGUCUCUGUCAGUGGAGAAGAGCUUGCGUCCCAAAUACUUAUAUUUAGUCAAAGAACUCAACAAUGGAGUUCAGUCAUUGAUAACUAAUCCUGCAUAUUUCAGUCUUUCACUUGAACAACGCAUCUGGGCUCGUCACAGAUUCUUGAUUUCCUUGAACAAGGUGCCAAGAGGCCCUUUUCCACUCACACCCUUGCUUGUUGCAGAUGAUUCUUUUUGUGCACAGUGGGCUAACUCAACUCUUGAAGAGUAUGAGGCAUUUCGAAAAGAGUUGAUACUAAGCAACUUGAAAAGGCAGGUUUUACAGAAGUAUGGUUCUUGUCUGUAGGGAAAUCUAUGGCAAACAGAGUGUUAGUUUGGUGAUGUGACUAUCCAAGCUCAGCUGCCAAGAGUUGACAGAAACAAUUGCAAGAUUACUUUCUGAAACACAAACCAAGGCAGAAUGUUGCUGCUCAUUGGAAAUCAGGAGAUCAUUUGCAUUUUGGAUUGGUCCUAGAAACAAAAAUAUUCUAAAUAUGUUCCUUUGCAAAAAUGACGAUUCUUAGUGGUAGUUUAUGUGAAGCCGCAACUUGUUAUGCUGAUGGGAGUUGCUAUGCUUAUUGACAGUCUCAUCACAAAAUUCACAGUUGUUACAUUUACCCUGCACUGCAGUGUGCACAAAAGGGAAAUGUGGGCCAUGCAUGUUCAGUACCACUUCAAGUGGCAGAUGGACGUAAGUUUGGAUGUGCUGGUGCUGGGGUUCUGGUAAGGGAUAAAUCGUGGUUUCAUAUCUAGUUGAUGAUUUUCGCUGAAGUGCACUGUUGAGUUGCUUACUUGCAGUUUUAUGUCUUCAAGAAAAUAAUUCAUGGAUUGGUAUCCAGGAUUGCAAGCAGUUUUGUUUCUCAUUUCUCAUUGCAAGAAGUGAACUGAGCCAAUAAUGCAGAGUAUCCAGGAUUGCAAGCAGUUUUGUUUCUCAUUUCUCAAUCUUAAAUUCAGAUGGAUGCAUUUGGUGACCACCACGUGAGUGGCAUAUCAUUUUAGAUGACCAGUAAUAAAACUGGUUGGCUGUCAACUCUUUUUGAGCAAUAUCAAGAGUGAGUCUAGAGUAACUUCUACAAGGGAUUUCUCAUACACCAAAUAGUUACCUUUACCUUGUCUUUAUAUCCUUAUUGCUGUAGACCUCAGGGAUCUAGAACUGAAUUUCCAUAGACGAGCAUCAAGUUUAUAAUUGUAGAACUGAAUUUCCAUGGACGAGCAUCAAUUUUAUAAUUGUAAGUUCUGUAAAAGAUCGAUUUUGAAUGAUGUGAACACAAUAAACCUCUAUGAGAAAUGCUCAAACUAGCCAACACUUUUAUCCAAGUUAUGACAACAUUGGAAUUGUUUA